UGGCUCCGCCUCCCGCUGCGCAUGCGCGGGUCUCCCGGCAUUGGCCGGGGGAUCGAGGUUGCCUGCCCGUCCGUGCCUUGGGCCGAGCGUUGCUGGGCGUGCAGCGGCGUUUCGUGUAGCGCUCGGGGCUUCCCGGCCCGGCAGUGCUGAGGCGAGAUGAAGAAGAUCUUCGGCUUCGGAAGGAAGAAGAAGGGGGAGCCGCCGCCCCCCGGCAGCGCCGCCUCGCCGUGCCCCGCCGGUGCGUACGAGCUCCGCCAGAAGGAGCUGGGCAAGCUGCACCGCGCGGCCGCCGCCGGAGACCUGGCCCAGGUGCGGCAGGGGCUGAAGAAGCACGGCAUCGACGAGCGGGACAAGGCGCAGCGGACACCACUGCAUCUUGCUUGUGCAAAUGGACAUGCGGAUGUCGUUACGUUUCUAGUAGAAAACAAGUGUAAGCUAAAUCUUUUUGACAGUGAGAACAGAUCACCACUGAUGAAGGCAGUACAAUGCCAGCAAGAAAAAUGUGUGGCAAUCCUCCUAGAGCAUGGUGCUGAUCCAAACCUGGCAGAUGCUAGCGGCAAUACUGCCCUUCACCUGGCUGCUGUAGCUCCUAACACAUCUCUAGCAGGGACGUUAAUUGAGCACAAUGCCCAUAUCGAUGCUCAGAAUAAGGAGGGAUGUACUCCCCUUACUCUUGCAGUCUCUGAACAUCAUGAAGAGAUGGUAGAGCUUCUUCUUAAAAAAGGAGCUGAUGUUCAUGCUCGAGAUCAGUGUGAAAGAACCCCACUUAUGACUGCUGCAUCUGGUGGGGAGCUUAAGUUGAUAAAAGUUCUUCUUCGCUAUGGUGCUGAUCUUUCCCAUAAAGACACUAAUGGAUGGACAGCUGAGGAUUAUGCUAUUAUUCAUGGAUAUGCUAGUCUUAGUAAACAACUGGCAGAAUAUGCAGACUGGGAGAACGCAGGGGAAACUUCUGCAGGUGAUACCCGAGGCAUCCCAGUACCUAUGACUCCUCACAGGGCAAGAGCUGCUGGCUUUACACUGGGUGCACCCGCCGUGGACAGAGGAGGAAUGCAACAGUCUCCUAACCAGACAUCAGGAACAGGAGAAUCAAGGAAAGCAAUAGAUGACUUUUCCCAAGGAGACUCAAUAAGAAGUUCUGAAAAAGAGGGCAGUAACGACAGUUGGCAUACUUCUGAGGAAGAAGAGCUGGAUUUUACCCCCAAGAAGCCACAGAAGCCAAACUUGACAAUGUUAAUGAACGUUUCCCAGAAGUUCAGGAAAAACAAUGAUGGUGAUGGUUCUAGAAUUGAAAGUCCUAAGUCACAGAAGAAAGGCCUUACACAAAAAAACCCAACAGGUGCAAACCUGAACAAAGGAGACUGUGGAGGAUUGUUCAGUCAAGAUGUCUCAGAUUCAAGCAACCUUGAAGAAGAUGAAUUGGAGGAAGAGGAAGAAGAGGAUGAAGAAGAUGAAAAUGAUGAAGGAGAUGACGAUGAGGAGUAUGAAGAAGAAGAAGAAGAAGGAGAAGAUCUUACACAAGACGAGAAGGAGGAAGAAGACUUGGAAGAUGAAGAAACUCAAUCUAACGACAUAAUGGAAGAGGAGCAGAGGGGUAAAAUAGAACCUAAGGCAGAAAUUAAUCAGAAAUUGGGGUAUCUCAGUAAUGUUAAGAAUGAGGGAGAUGCUCAAUGUGGAGCUGGAGAUGUCUCCAGUGAUUAUCAGAAAAUAUGUAAAGAACUUGAUGAAAAGGUGGAGGAAUCUGUUGAUACUCCUGUGUCUUUUAUAGCUGGAUGCUAUGAAAAGUUGCAAGAAAAUAUAACAGCCAUGUCUCCAAAGAGAAUGAAUAACGAAGUAUCUUAUGAGUCAGUACCAAAACAAGCUGUCCUUCAAAAUCUAAAUAAUUUGCAAGAUAAACAGGAAAGCUGCAGCAAGAAAAGCAUGAUUCAGAAGUUUCACAGAAAUACUGACUCCUGUUUGGCAGACUCUGAAACAACAGACUUGAAAAAAGAGAUACCUCAGCCUCUCUCAAAUAUUGGUGAUCUUAAGGAGAAGAAGUUAAGUUUCAGCAAUGGCUUCAAAAGUAGUAGUGGUUCUUGGUCAGCAGCGGAAAACCAAAAGCUUGAAAAUCGAAGACCAAAUUCUGUCAUGGAUGAUGAAGAUGCUGAAGAAGAGCAGUAUAAAGAAAGAGAUAAUAAAUUCCAUGAAGCAUUGAAACAAGAAGGUGAAAAUCCAUGCAUAAAUAGAUGUGAAGAAAAUCUAAGGGCAGCACUUUCCUCAAGCACCAAAGAAGAGUCACUUAAAUGGGAAGAAGAGGAAAAACAGGAGAAGGAAGACACUGUUGGAGAGCUGCAAACUGCAGCUUUUGAGGGUGUGAAAAAUUCUGUUGUUAAUAAUAACCAUCAAGUUCAUAAUGCUUCAGAAGACACUGCUAAUGAGAGAUGUACCCUGCCAGCAGUAGGAACAGAGCAAGAGGAAGAGUCUGAAUCUCCCUGGGAUUCUGAGAUUGUACAGAUGGAUUCUGAAAGUCCGAGGAAAGUAUCACCUGGUGUGUUGCUCCCAGCUGCAGAUGAACAUGGAGUAUGCUUGCAGAGUAUUUCAGGGGAGCCCAGUAAUGGCUUUCCAGAGAAACCCAGUAAUUUGCAGUUGAAGGUUUCCACGUCACUUUUAGAGAUGAAUGAAACAUCUUCAAAAAAAGAAAGGCAGAAAUCAGAUCUACUGGAGGAAUUUAGUUUAGGAGAUGUAGACGAUAUUGAAGGUGAGUGCUCAGAAUCUGUCUUUCAUGUGUCGUCAUCAGCUGAAAAAGAGACCAUCAAUGAUGCCACUGAAAACUACGGAAGGCAGGAUAAAUAUAUUUUAGAAACUACCAACUUGAUAGAAAAGACAGCAAUUGAAAAGCAGACUGACAAAGGAGAGAUUUCUCAUCAGGAAGCCCUAGCAGAAAAUGAGGAAUCCCACAGUGCUGACAAGCAGUUAAGUCUAAAACCGUGGGAAGAAAGAUAUGAAAGAAUGUGGGUUGAAAAUGAGAAAAGGGAAUUGAAAACAAAUUUUAAAAACAUUACAGCAGAGCUGAAGCAGCUGUUUGGUGAAAUUAAUGAAUCUGAGAAAUCUACGUCCCUUGUGGCAAAAGUGUCAGAAGAUAACUUCAAUGAAGAAUUGAAGAGUUUUCGUGUUUCAUCUUGUGUGACAGAAUCAAGUAAUAAGUUAGAAAGUGAAGGUGAAUUUGGAGAUAUGAAACUUAACGUAGACCUAAAAGAACCCAAAAGAGAAAUUGUAAGUCCAAGUCUCAGUGUCUUUCCUGAUCACAAUAACUUAAAUGCAAAUGUGGAAAAUACCUGGAGUACUGAUGAAGAAGACUGCACUAAUUACACAGAUAAUACAAAAGUGCCUCUAGCAAAAGGAGAGGAAAUGGAAGAGAAUGAGAAUGGGAUUAGUAGAAAUGUAGAGAGAAGUCCUGAAUAUUCCCUGAGACAUUGUUUAAAAACAAAUAUUUUGGAUGACAUUUCUAAUAUUCUUCCAAAAAUAAGACCUAUUUCCACAAACGAUGAAAGUGCGCUUGGUUUUAUAAGAGAGAAGAAAUUUGGCACAGACAUCUAUCUUAGUGACAACAUUUCCAGAGACUACCUUAUCAAAAACAAGGAAAUAGGAGAAACGGAAAUUGAAAAUCUUUUUCCACACGCUCAGCAAACUUGUGGCGUGCUGAAAAGCAAUCUGGAUGAAGAACUAAAACAAGAUGUGGAAAGAUUUAAGAGUAAGGUUGAGAAGGAAAAAAGGAAGCAGAAACAUUUCAAAAUGCAAGCAGUGGAGAAACAGGAAGAUCUUGAUAAAUUAAGUACACCAGCAGGCAAUAUUACCAGUCAACCACUGAAAGAAAAGCUUGCUGUAAGGAAGAAUGAAAAAAAAACUGAGAAUGAACAAAUGGUAGAAGAAAAAUGCACAAAGAAUUUUUCAUCCGAGGAGAGAUCAAAAUUCAUUGAAAUACCAAUAAAAGGUAAAUCUGUUCUGAACCCAAAAGGUGUGAAGAAAAAUGAGAAUAAAAGGCAGUCUUCAAAGCAGAAGGCUAAUCAAAAGAUUCAAGUAAUGGAUGAUAGCACUUUCAGUGAAACAUCUCAAGAUGAAGAAAGACCUGCAACAAAAACAGGGAGCGAAAAGAACAAGGUGAGCAUCCAAAUGGAUGUUACUGAUGACCUUGAUUUAACACAGUCAUCUGAUACAACUACAGAGGAUGCUGAGUUGCCAACUUCAACCUACAAAGAAGCUAUGUUGCUAUUAGAACAGCUUAGUGUGGAUCAUACAGGUUCUGCUAUUUUGCUGAAAAUUCAAAACAUACUUCUUGAAUAUGAACAGAUAAUAGAUCGUGAAAAAAACCGCUAUACAGCUCUCUAUAGAGAAGUCAGGAAAUUGGAAAGUGAAAGAGAGGAGUCACAAUUAAUAGCAGAAGAGACUCAAGAUUUGAAAUCCAUAUUGGCUCACCAAGAAGUGGAAUUGAAAAGUGACAUCCAAAGUCUUAAAUUUUCUUUGAAACAAGAAGAGGAAAAGAGGCUUAGAGCUGAAAUGCAGUAUGAAAAAAUGAGAGAACAACUAAGGAGGAAAGAGGAUCAAUAUUGUAGAGAGAUAGAGGAGAAACAACAACUUGAGUUGCACGCAAGGAAUUUAGAAACAGAGUUAAUAACACUGAGAAAGCUCUUGAAACAGAUUGAAGAAGAGCGUGAUGAAACACAGAGACAGCUCUCUCAGGAAAAGAGUGCUAGAGCCCUACAGGAAGGAAUUUUGAACAGCCACCUGUGGAGACAGAAGGAGCUGGAAGAAGAGACAAUAAAAGCUAUAGGAAAAAAAUCGGAGGAAUCUGACACUAAUGACAGAGAAAAGGAUCUGUUGUACAAAAAUCAGUUACUGCAAGAAGAGAUUGCUAUGCUAAGACUAGAACUUGAUCAGGUGAAACUUAGGCACCAGGAGGAUGAAGGAAAAUAUUUAGAGGAAAAUGAAACUCUGAAAGAAAAAAAUGAAGAUCUUAAGAAGGAACUUAAACUGAAUGAGGAAGCCUUAACACAAACAGUAUUUCAGUACAAUGGACAGCUGAAUUUACUCAAGACAGAAUCUGCAAUGCUAACUUCUAAGCUUGAACAGACAAAAGAAAGCAAAGACAGACUGGAAACAGAGAUUGAAUCAUUCCGCUCCCGCCUGAACGCUGCUGUUCAAGAUCUCGAACGUCAUCAGUCACUGAAAAGUGAUGUUGAACGAACUUUUCAGAGAGAACGUGAUGAAUGGCUUCGUGUACAAGACAAGCUCCAUCAUGAGCUCUCUGAUGUGCAAGAAGCCAACAAGAGCUUGUCUCAGCAGCUGAGUAAAAUGGAAAGCAAAGCUAAUGGUCUCGAAAACGAACUUCACCAAUCGAAACAAACACUUCGAGAAAAAACACUGCUUUUAGAAAUGACACAAAAAGAAUUAAGUCAAGCCCAGUGUCAGGCAAAGGAAAGUGAUCAUGCUCGGCAACUUGAGAAAGAUCAAGUCAGCAAAUUUAUGAUAAAGCAGGAAUCUAUGCAGGAACGAUUGGCCCAGUUCCAAAGUGAAAACCUUUUACUCCGUCAGCAGCUGGAAGAUUUGCAGAACAAGGGGAUCAUCAAAGAAAAGGUUGUGAAUGAUGUCCAGGACAGGUUUAAUGAUAUUUUCAAUAAACUCAGAGCUGAUACUGAAAAGCAAGUUUACCUCAUGGAAGAGAGAAACAAGGAAUUAAAUACCAAGUGUACUGAUUUAAGGGAACAAGUCUUUAAAUAUGAGACUGACAAAGUAGAAAGAGAGGGUGUGGUCAGACAGCUGCAGCAGGAGCUUGCUGAUGCUCUUAAAAAGCAGUCUAUGUCAGAAGCUUCACUUGAAGUUACUACACGGUACCGCAGUGACCUUGAGGAAGACAAGUUGCGCUUGCAAAAGGAAUUGGACAGGGUUAAAACCAAGUUACAGGAAUCUGAAGAACAGCGUAUUCAGUCUGAGCAUUGUGUUCAUGACUUGAAGACUGUCUUAGAUAAUAAGGAAAGAGAAGUAUCAGCUGCUUCUCAGAAACUGCAGGACCUUCUGUUAGCAACAUCUGGAACUAAUACUACUAUAAAACAACUGGAAGAACAUGUGCAACGACUUGAAAUUGAAAAUGCCAGAUUGGAAGCCACUACCAAACAACAAACUAAUAGAAUUGAAGCUCUUCAGAAGGACCUGCAAGCCUCUGCCUCAGUUCAUAAUCGCCUAGAGGACUUGAUAACUGGCUUACAGACAGCACAGGCAACUGCAGAAGAACAUCAACAUCAGCAGAUGCAAAAGCAGAAUAUGCUGGCUGUGACAUCAAAAGACUCGCGCAAUAUGUGGGAGGAAGAAUGGAAGUCAAGAGCGCACCUUGAAGAUCGUCUUGCUCAACUUGAUAGGGAAAAAGCUGAGCUCUUGGAACAGUGUGAGAGUGAGAGAAAGAAAGUGAAGAAGCUGGUAGAGUUGAAACGACCAGUUGAAGCACGUCUUGACCAGGAAAUGAAAAGAAACAUUGAACUGCAGAAAGAAUGUCACAGGUGCAAGAGGCUUCUGAACAGAGCUAUGAAGAAACUAAGGAUGCAUGAGGCCAGAGAAAGAGAGUCCCAAUUUAAUUUCCAGGGAGAAAUGAAGAACAGGUAUUCUGAAAUGGUGAAUGAAGUUGGCAGAUUAAGAACAAAGGUUACUGAACUUUCUCAGCAGCUGGAGUUAGAGUCUAAAAAAUGCAUCCAGCUGGAAGCACAAAACCAGGAUUUGCGAGAAGAGUUGUCUGCACUGCGUGGGAACCAUGAAAAACUGGAGAAGAGCAAAUGCCAGCUGAAGGAAGAGGUGGCAAACCUCAGACAUCGCUUGGAGACUAAUAUGGUGAAUCACAGCCAAAUAGAACAAUAUAAGAAAGAGAUGGAAGAACGAGCUGGACAAGAAAUCAGACAAAAACUACAAGAAGUCAAUGUGUUUUUGCAGACACAGGCAGCCUCCCAGGACAGGUUAGAACAAAUCAGAGCCAAUCAUCAUGCCUCACUGAGAAACCAGCUAAAGCACAGAAUUAAAGAUCUUGAGUGUGAGUUGGACAGAAUAAAAAACACUCAACAAGACAGUAUUUUUCAAAAAGAAUCCACGCAGGCAGAAGCGGAAAAAUACAAAGAAAUGUAUCUGGAAGAAGUAAAAAUGAGAAGAUGCCUAGCAAAUAAGCUGGAAAGAGCUAAUGAGAAACUAGCAGAGGCCAACGCUAAGCUCCUUCAGGAGCGCCAUAGAAGCAAAUCUUUAAUUGCAAGCAGCAUUGUCAGUGGAGGUCUGUCUGCAAGUCCAGUUCUGUAUUCAACUGAACUGGGACAUCUUGGCAACAAUUUGGCACUGAACAGAAGUCUUAGCUUAGGAGGAAGCUUCCUAGGCACAGCUGGGAAUGCGUUAUCAUCAAGAAACAAGGUUGAAGCCUACAUGGCUAAGAUACGGAGGGAACUGGAUGAAAAAAUCACUAAAGAACUUGAACAAGCCACUGCUGAACUUGAAACUGGAUCUGCUGGAGCUUCUCCAGUGGUAUCUACUGAUGGAUCUUCAAAAAAUCUCAAUGUUGACCAGGAUCCCCUUUGCAGAGCAAUACAGGAGUACCGUGAUGUUUUAACCAAAAAUUAUCUGAUCUAAACAAAAAGGCAAAGGGAAAAGUACUGGAAAUUAUUUUGUUUACAUAGCAUGUCUAUAAUUUCCCAUCCUGCAGCUCAGAUGUGAAAACAUCUUUAUUGUAGUUUUAAUAUAAAUUCUAAAUGUAUUAAAUAGGUAUCAAGCACUCUGCACUUACCUGUUGGUCACUGAGGUAUAGUUGGUUUAUUUUGCACUCAGAAUAAGAACCAUAUCUAUUUUUUCUUACUAUCAGACUGAGUAAUAUCAAUUAUUGAACUUGACAGAACUCUCAAAGUGUUUUUGAUUAAAAUAGAUGCGUUAUUUUGCUCCACUCGUGUUCCAUGUUUUAGCAAAAGCAUUCCCUUUGUUCUGUUUCACUGUUUGUGUUAGUGUUUCCAGUGUUAUUUUGAUGCUUAGGAGGUUAUUUGGUUGGCUUUCUGCCAGCCGUUUCAGUCCUGAUGCUGUGAAUUUCUGCUGAUUAAGUGGAAGUCUUGCCAGUGUUGAAGCUGGAGAAGAGUGCACUUUACAUUGCUGUCACUUUUACGCACCUUGGGUUUAAAAAUACUGUGAGUGUGUAGUAGCGCCAAGAAAGCUUUAAUGUGAUCGUUUUGGUAUCCACGCUGGAUUUUGUAUUAGAAUUUGAUUCAACUUUAGACAUUCAUAGGUGCUAGAUCAACACAUGAUGAACCUGAGGCAGUUCAUACUGGGAAGAAGGAAAAUUAGUAUUUCAGCCUUCAGUCCAGUCGGUACUUAACGCUAUUUGUGUGAUGGGACAACUUUUUGUUGCUGCUAACAGCUGGUGAUAAAGUAGCUGCAGCUCAGGUGAAGGGUAAUGCUGUGGGACUUUGUGUCUCUAAGACAAGCAGUUUAGCUAAUUUCAGGAAGUUACCUGAUACUGAAGAUCUGCAGUAGUCAUUCCUUGUCUACAAGAUUUGCUAGAAUAUUAUACAACAAAUGAAGUCAACAUUCCAGAGACAUAAGAACGGUUAUAUUGAGGCAAAUGAAAACUGGAAAAAAUAUUUUUACCCACUAAUUUGACAGCUUGAGUUAACAGGCAGUGAGGAGCAGCAGUGAACGUGGUUGUGACUCUCUGCUCCUUUUUAUAUGAAUACAAUUUUGUGACACUAAUGCACUGCAUUUAAUUCCAGGUAUUAUGUUCCAACUUGGUAUUUAAUAAACUUUCAUAUCUAGUA